GUGCAAAAUUGAGUCCCAGUUAGCCUAUGAGAGUGAGGAAUCAUUUUGGAUGCAAAAGUCUAGAGUUCUUUGGCUUAGAGAGGGAGAUAGAAAUUCUAAGUUCUUUCAUGCAUGUGUCAAUCAGAGAACAAAAGUGAAUGGUCUAGAUAAUAUUGUCAAAGCUGAUGGAUCUUUCUGCCUGAAUCAAGGGGAAACUUUGACGGAGAUUACUGAGUAUUUUGGAAAUCUAUUUCAAACAUCUAAUCCCCUUAAGGAAGGAUACAAUUUCGAUGGUAUCUCUAUACUUAUCACUCCUGAAAUGAAUGACAAUCUAUGUAAAUGUUUGGAUCAAGGGCGGAGGCUCAUUGAGACCAGUGUGGGCCUAGACCCACGGUGGACACAU